AUGAGAUUGUGGAAGUUGUCCUCAAAGAAUUUUAAAAACCAGGUAGAAGUGAGAAUCAUUUGGAAUUAUAAAUUCUUAACCUGUGUUGAUUCGUUGGAAGUGACUUUCUCUUUGCACAGUGCUUGCGAGGCCUGCUUCAUGUCUUGCAUCAAUUCAAGUUAUGAGAUACCUGACUCUCCGUAGCAAUUGCCGGCCGGCUGUUUCUGCCGCGAGGAUUUCGGAUAUCGGCGUUUGGUCUUGUGGAGUGGUGUUCGUGAGAAUGAUGUGAUUUUAGAAGUAUUUCUUACCUGUAGUUUCUUACUUAGCGACGUCAAUCUGAUCAUUGAAGUGUAGGAAUGCCACCCGCGCUCGACGGUGACGAAAACGACAGUGGUGCGAAACUUAUUUUUUCUAAUGGUUCCUCUCGAGGAGAGGAUGACGAAGAUCUGUCAGCAAACGAGAAGAUGAGCUCGAAAAGCAGUACAACUUCGGCAAUGCCUGAAAGUGUGAGCCACUCUUCGGUAGGCGAGCUAAUUGAUGCUCGUAAUGUCCGAAGAGCUCCCCAUCGGCAUUUAUCUCCUAGUCCGUCAGGACGCAAUAGGCAGCGGACUUCGUCCAUGUCGCAGCUUUCUGGGUCUACUCGAACAGCAGCUCCAGAACCUCUGAUACGAGCAUUAAACCGUACUAUCUAUACUGCUGGCCGGCCUCCUUGGUAUGAUUCUGAUGGACAGUUGGCAGAGCCGUGUUUCAUAGGGAUUUGUGGAGGUUCCGCCUCCGGAAAAACGACGGUAGCGAAGGCUAUCAUCGAAGCUUUACAUGUCCCCUGGGUUACCCUGCUUAGCAUGGACUCAUUUUACAAGAUUCUGACUCCCGAGCAGAGCGCCAAGGCGAACAACAAUGAAUACAACUUUGAUCAUCCCGAUGCUUUCGAUUUUGAUUUGCUUUGUGAUACCCUCAUCAAGCUGAAGGAAGGCAAGAAGGUUGAGGUUCCAAUUUAUAAUUUUCUUACGCACUCCCGCGAGGAAAAGACCAAAACUAUGUACGGCGCAAAUGUAGUUAUUUUUGAAGGAAUCAUGUCGUUUCAUCAUCCAGGAGUUCUGCGUCUGCUGGAUGUGAAGGUAUUUGUGGAUACGGAUUCGGAUAUCCGAUUGGCGAGACGCCUGGAAAGGGAUAUUGCUCAGCGUGGGCGGGAUUUGCAAGGCGUUUUGUCGCAAUACGAACGCUUUGUCAAACCGGCGUAUGACUUUUACAUUGCACCCUUGAAAUCGCAUGCAGACAUCGUUGUUCCUCGCGGUGGCGAGAACGAAGUUGCCAUCAACGUAACCGUCGAAACGGCCAUCGGGAUACCGUACAAAGGUAAAGCAAUGGCUACGGAAAACAUCUGCGGAGUUUCCAUCGUCAGGGCUGGCGAAACAAUGGAGCAGGCCUUGACUGAUGUCCUAAAGGAUGUACGGAUCGGAAAGAUCUUGAUUCAGACGAAUCUGGAAACUGGCGAAGCUGAGCUUUAUUACUUGCGGUUGCCCGAUGAUAUAAAAGAUUAUCACAUCAUGGUGAUGGAUGCCACAGUGGCGACAGGAGCUGCUGCGAUGAUGGCGAUUCGAAUUUUGCUGGAUCACGAUGUUCCCGAGGAGAACAUACUACUUCUUUCGCUGUUGAUGGCAAAAAUUGGUGUGCAAACAAUCGCCUAUGCCUUCCCGAGGGUAAAAAUUUUGACAACUGCCAUUGACGACAAAGUAAACGAUCAAUUCUAUGUGGAACCUGGAAUCGGAAAUUUUGGAGACCGGUAUUAUGGCACUGAACCUGGGCCAGCUCUUGAAGACUGAUUUUUUUUUUUAAGAUCGUUUCAUCUUUGUUUUCAUAGUAUUUCUGUGAGCUGUGCAACAAAGUUCUUCCGCGCUUCAACUCGUUUUCAUGGAUCAUUCCUCUUUUCUGUUGUUCCGUGCGAAGGUAUAUUCUUCUUCUGCGUUUCUUUUGGGAGAUAUAACCGGGGAUCAAGUAUUGACGAUUGGUUAUGGAAGCUGUAUUUUUGAAUUGCUUCACCUUGGACGUUUCCUGAUGCUCGGUUGCGUGUUGUUGGUGUUCCUGAAGUCAAAAAAUAUAUACUGUGUGAUGUUCA